AUGUGUAAACACGUUGUGUUACGAGCCAAUGGUGGAAAUUUUGGACAAGAUCAUCGCAAAAUUAUAAAAAUUAGGACAUCUUCUGCUUCAAGCUUCAAAAUGUCUUUUACAACGUCUAAAAAGUUGACUUCUCAAUUUAACUGUAAUAUCAAUUUACCCUUUCCACCAUCGAUUACCAUCGAUGAAAUACUUAAAAGGCAUUUAAGAAAUGGCGUUGGUAAUGUUAACAGAACACUAAACGCCUUUCUUAUUUAUCGAAUUGUGUAUAAUAGCGAAGUUAGAAAACUUGGUUUAUCCACUGAGGACAUAUCAAAGUUGGCUAGCAAUUCUUGGAGAAACGAAUCAAUACAUGUCAAAUCAUAUUAUAGGGAAAUAGCAUCUGGUGUUAAAUCAAGAUUUAGAGAAAAAGUACCAAUCUGUUUUAUUAAUUCUCAAGGCAAAGGAUCCGUUAGAGAAAGACGUAAAAUCACCGAUACACCCAUAGAAGAAAUCAAUCAAAUUCCUCCUGUUAUCACCGAUUCUUCUCUUUCUCUCAAAAAUAUGGAACGGAACCAUCAAAAUAAUACGGACCUGACUUUUAUGGCUUCUCUCCCUAUUGAUUUGGCAUUGACGUAUAAUGCAUUAAUGCAGUCCCUGCCCUUAUAA